AUGAAUAAUAAUCAAGAACAAACAAACAACGUGGAGGAAACACGCUCUGCCAAGAGCGUAGAGGAGGAGGAUCGCUCAGUCGCGAGCGACAGCUCACAGAGGUCGCGCACUGGCCCCGCAUGUAGCAAGUUGGGGACGCGCGCCGAGGCAGCUGCCUUCGAGGUAGCGCUGUCGAGGGCCGGUUCUGCGGCCUCUCUGAUCUCCCUCGGAGGAGAGAGCCGAAAACGGACGGCUGAAUACGUUGUCUCCUCCUCGGAUUCCGAGGGGGAGUCAACAAAACGUCCUAGGGGGAGGCCAGCUCUAAAUCCCGAACAUGUCGGGAAAUAUACUGCCGAGGCAAUGGCAAAGAAGGCCGAAAAGGCUAAAGCCCAGCAGCUCCGGAAGGACCACCGGACGAUCUUGGAUCCGGAAGUUGAGCCGACCUCCACAUCAGCCAAGAGGGCUCAAGCGAAGGCUGUCGAACUCGCCCUCGAGUUCGACGAUCAACCGAUUUGCGCGGUCGCCGCGGUCGCAACACGCGAGCUGGCGACCAUUGCCAAGUCGGUUGAGCGAUCAAAGAACAUCAAGGGCGACAUAGUGAGGGAUAUGUGGACAGCAUACACCAAGCUGUCCGCAGCCCUCAUGUCAGUCUUUACGAGGGCGGGUGAUAGCAGCCUGGCCGCGAACGUAGACCAGAGGGAGGAAUGCUCCAGACCCGCCUGGGCGAAGGAGAGACGCCGGCUGAAUGAAGAGGACAGGGUGCCGAGGAUGAAAUGGGACUCGACCAUGGAGUGGUCGGGUCCCGAUAGCCUGGCCGGCGACCGCAGUCCUAUUAGGACUAGGGAAAGGACUGCUCCCGCGGAGAGGGAGGGGCCGCGCGUGACGGUCACAGAGGAGGACCUGAGAUCCCCGUAUUUCAGGACCCCUCUGCAGGGGGUUAGCAAGCAGCUGAACCCUCUGGCGGCAGUCGCGGAUAGGACCGCCCCUGUCGGCAAGAAACCCCCUUCGAAAAAUAAAAGGAGGGAGAAUGCCGACGGGGUCGAUGAUGAGGAGGACCGCAUCGAGCGGCUCAUCGUGCGACUCCUGCCCCGUCUCCUGCGGGAGAUGGGGCUCGCCCCGAUGACGGCGCCGGCAAGAAAGCCGCGGAACGGUGUGGCCGAUGCCACACCGGCGAAGAAAGCGGCCAAAGCUGCUCCUAAAAAGGGAGAGAGCGCACCCAACGCGCCUCCCCCCACCGCUAAGGCGAACCUGCCGCCCCCGGCUGUCUCCAAAACAUCUGGGGACGGAAUGACGGGGACGGACGCGAACGAGGCGACCUGGGCGCAGGUCGUAUCGAGGGGGGCAAAAAGGGCGGCCGCCAAGCUGAGGUUGCCCGGCUCGACGGUCAUCGUAGUCACUUGCGCCGACCCCACCAACUACCAGGAGGUGGUGACAAAAGCGCGGUCCUCGAUCUCCCUCAAAGAUGUGGGGAUCGAGGAUCUCCGACCAAGGAGGGCCAUUACAGGGGCACUUAUUUGGGAAGUCCGGGACCCGGAGAGUCGCGCCAAAGCUGACAAGUUGGUGGAGAAACUGUCGGCCGUCUUUGCGGACAGGAACGACGUAAAGGUGUCCCGUCCGUCGAAGGCGGCCGAGGUGCGGGUUUCCGGGUUGGACGACUCGGCAACCCCCACUGAGGUUGCCGAGGAGUUGGCCCGGGCCUGUGGGCGGCUCCCGCCGGAGUUCAAGGUGCGGUGCCCCGUAGAGGCGGCCAAGCAGCUCGUGGUCGCCUCUAGAGUCGUAGUGGGGUAG